ACAGCAGGAACCGCAGUCUGGCACCUCAUCAGAAAAAUGUUAAAUUUGGGAAGUGGGCUCAGUGAAAGGAACAGCAGAUAUUUGACAGAAAAUCACAGCUGAGGUGGUUGAUAAUGCAAAAAAAGGAGAAAUGAGGCCUGAUCAUAGCACGCACCUGCAGAUGUGGUGUCCAUCCUCCUCCUAUUUGGCAUGUGUCUGUCAAGAAAAACACUCAGAUAAACCGACACAUGCAUGCACACAGAGCUCUUCUUUGUUCUGUUAUCUAGUCUGUGGGGAAAGAAGGCCGGAAGAAGCAGCAGCACUUUGUACAUGUUGAGCAGUGACAUUUAAAGCAGAGGAGGAAAAUUAAUCCCUUCGUGUUCUUCCACCCUCGCCUCUAUUUGCGAUGGACGAGCCUCUGUUAGCACAGGGGUCAGACAGCAAUCGGGGAUGCUGCACCUACAGCACCCUGAAGGCCUGGCUGCCAAUCCUAUCCUGGCUGCCCAGGUACAACCUGAAGUGGCUUAAGAUGGACCUGCUCGCAGGUGUCACUGUUGGCCUGACCUGUGUACCUCAGGUGCUGGCUUAUGCUGAAAUAGCCGGGCUUCCUGUGCAGUAUGGUCUCUUCUCUGCCUUCAUGGGGGGGUUCGUUUACACCCUCCUCGGGACUUCUAAGGACGUGACACUGGGUCCCACAGCGAUUAUGUCUCUCCUGUGUUUCUCGGUGGUGGGUGGACACCCAAACCAAGCCGUGCUGCUCAGCCUCCUCUGUGGACUCAUCCAGGCGGUUAUGGCAUUACUGAGAUUAGGUUUUCUGCUGGACUUCAUCUCUUUCCCAGUAAUAAAAGGCUUCACUUGUGCUGCUGCAAUAACCAUUGGCUUUGGGCAGGUUAAGAAUAUUCUGGGACUCAAGGGCGUUCCUCAGGAGUUCUUCCUGCAGGUGUACUACACCUUUGACAAGAUCCCAGAGGCCAGGAUAGGUGACUUGGUGCUGGGUUUGCUCUGCCUCACUCUCCUCACCAUGUUGGUGGUGAUGAAGAAGAAUCUGAGUACUGACGACUCUGACGACUCCACCUGCUCCCGUGUCGCCAGGAAACUAGUGUGGACUGUUGCUACCAUGCGUAAUGCUCUGGUGGUCGUGGCUGCAUCGUGUGUAGCAUUUUCAUGGGAUGCUUACGGUUAUCAAGUUUUCACAAUAACUGGGCACACAUCUCAGGGGCUCCCACCUUUCAAGCCUCCACCCACCUCAGACAUCACAGCCAACGGCACAGUCAUCACCUUUGGAGAGAUUAUUGAGGGCUUUGGAGGAGGGCUGGGUGUGAUUCCCUUCAUGGGUCUGCUGGAGAGCAUUGCUAUUGCUAAAGCUUUUGCCAGUCAGAACGACUACAGGAUUGACGCCAACCAGGAGCUGCUGGCCAUCGGUGUGACAAACAUAAUGGGCUCCUUUGUGUCAGCGUACCCUGUCACUGGCAGCUUUGGGAGGACGGCUGUGAACUCUCAGACUGGUGUUUGCUCUCCAGCUGGAGGAAUUGUCACCAGCGUGAUUGUGUUGCUUUCUCUAGCGUUUCUCAUGCCAGCCUUCUACUACAUCCCCAAAGCUUCUCUAGCUGCCGUCAUCAUCUGUGCAGUAGCUCCUAUGGUGGAUUACCGUGUUGUAGGGAAGAUGUGGAGGAUACACAAACUGGACCUGCUGCCAUUUGUGGUGACGUUCCUGAUGAGUUUCUGGCAGGUGCAGUAUGGAAUUGUGGGCGGUGUUGCUGUAUCAGGAGCACUGCUUCUCUACAAUACGGCAAGGCCAAAAAUUAAGGUGUCUGAUCAUGGUGUGCUACUGAUGGAGUUGGGCAGCGGACUCAGCUUUCCUGCUACAGAAUAUCUCAGUCACAUGAUUCACACUCAGGCCCUGCAGGUAUCUCCCCCACUGUCGGUGGUCCUGGAUUGCCAUCAUGUCAGCGUCAUAGAUUACUCAGUGAUCAGUGAGCUCAGGGACUUGAUGAGGCAGUUUAAACUACGAGAAGUGCAGCUGGUCUUUUCCAGAUUACGGCCAUCUGUUCUGGAUGUUCUCCUCGCGGCUGAUCUUCAGGGCCUCAGGUACACAGACACCGUCGAGGCAGCACUGCAGAUGGAGUCAAGAGGCCGCCUUAAGGAUCAAUGACAUUUCUUAAUCUGGGAUUAUUUGGCAGUUCUGAAGGUGAACAGUUCGAAACUACCUCCAAACUCUGACUUACUGGCUGUUAGACAUAUGGCACCUGCUAGUAACCAAGUCAUUCCUCUCUUUCUCCUGUUGAAGGGAGCAUUGAACUGAAAAACUGGAAGUUGAGAAAUCUUUGACAUUCCAACGCUACACUGUGAUCGCACAAAAAACAAUGGUUUUUGAAGUGUAUGAUGGUGUUUUAUAUAUAUUUAUAUAUAUUUUUGAGAACAUUUUAGUAUGAAAGGAUAACUAGAUAAAAGAUAUGACUUAAAUAUCUGCACAUUUUUUACUUACAGAGACUUCCCUGUGUUGUGAAGGUCUCAAAAGAAAUGAGCGCUUUAUUUACUUGCAGAGCAUCAGUGUCAGAGAGUGGACUGGCCCUCUUGAAAGCAGAGGUUACAGAUGUUAUUAAUAUCUUAAACUGCAAAUAUACAAGUUAUUGUAAACUUUAACACUAUUUUAUUUGUGUUUGGUGUGUGAUUUAAUUUGAUCACUUUUAAGAGAUCUGUUUUAAAAUUAGCAAUAAAUAUAUUCUGUUCAGCUGUGUUCAAAAGGAA